AUGGAUCCUGAUUUGCUCCUGAAUCAGCCUGUCAGACCACAUGCUGCAAACCGUCUAUCAAGGACAUUGACUCAAAGCUGUUCUGAGAACAACCUGAAGUUUAUCUGUGAGUUUAAGCCUGGUGAUGAGGAUUACAUCGUCAAUAUGGAUUUUGGGUCUGUGUCAGUGAUCCUCCCUGCGCAGUGCAGUGUCCACCAGCUACGACUACGCAUCUGCAUGCAGUUUGACUGUCGACUCUUAGUCUUGUUUAAACAUAUAAUUAAGCUGCCACGAUCAACAUUUCUCAAACAUUUGUUUCUAUGCCUUCAGGCACAGGAGCAGAAUUGCCAUCCAGACCCACUUGCAAUAUUGGACCCAGAGAAAUACACUCUGCUAUAUGCCAGGGGAGAAGACUGGUAUGAGGCCUAUGAUGACUGUCAGGUUAUCAGGACAUUAGACAUUCCAUGGUCAUGUGACGACUCUGGCCGUCUAUCAGCGCACAUAGAGGUAAAACCGUUGGUGGCAGUUGAUUCAGAGGAGAAGCAGAAACAGCAGCAGUUUCUGGCUUACCUGAUUGGACAUGACCUAGAGAAAGAAGCAUCUGACAGACUUGGUGAGCUCACAUUCACCCGCAGGAAACUGGCAUCUCCGAGAAGACAAGAGCUAAGGAAUCGGGAUGACGAGUUAUAUGCCACAGAGCCUUGGAUAACAUGCACCCCUGUCCCAAACGACUUACAAGACAAGCUAAACAGAAAGCUCCCUGUCACCCUCCAUUACAUGAGCCAGAUCAGCUUCAGCAUUCAAGUUGAUUUUAAUGCAACACCUAAUGUCCUUCUUAAGGUUUUUAGAAGAGUGAUGGCAGACCAGAGGUGUGAUUAUGUCAUUUCUGAUAGUCUGGUGUUGAAAGUCUCAGGGAGGGAGGAGUUUUUAUCUGGAAACUACCCCCUCAGCGAUUUCCAUUGGGUUCGACAGUGCUUGAGAACCAAUCAGGACCUCCACCUGUCUGUGGUCCCUGUGUCACAGCUUGUCGAGGAAACUGUCAGGUUUGUGGACUGGCCGCUUGUUGACAGUUUCAGUGGCCAGUUCAGCUCCCACGAAGAUCUCCGCCUUGAAGGGAAGGAUGUGGAGGACAUCUUCAUGAUAUCCUUGUGGGACUGCAACAGAAAAUUCCGAGUCAAACUGCUUGGCUUUGACAUCCCAAAACUUCCAAACAAAUGCCCUCAGUCUGUUUAUGUAGAAGCCUCUAUUCUUUAUGGUAACAAGGUUCUCUCUUCAGUGUCUUCCAUUUCCAAGGCCUUUGCAGACGAAGUACUGUGGAAUGAGUGGCUUGACUUUGACGUUCUCCUCAGGGAUCUGCCACGUGGAGCCAAGCUGGGUUUCACUAUUAAUGCUAGUGGUAAUGACAGCUCCCCUGUAGCCAAAGACCCAAAGUCGCCAUUGUCUUCAGUCAAUAAAGCACCAGACCAGCAGAAAGGGAAGGGAAAGGUGCUCUACUUUGUCAAUCUUCUCCUCAUAGAUCACAGGUCCGUCCUCAGCCAGGGCCCCUACACCCUGCACAUGUGGUCCUACCUUGACCUGGAGGAAGAGGCCAUUACCUACCAGGCAGACAAGCUGUCCUCUGCUACUAACCCAGACAUAUCUGAGUCAAUGGCUAUCAGCUUCCUUCUGGACCGCUACAGCUUCCCUGUAGUUCUCCCAAACAGCUUUAGCCCCUCUGAAUGUUCUGAUAGUCCCACCUCCAAACUUUCCCCAACCAAAUCUACUGCAUCAUGUCCUGAACCCUCCUCCUCACCCUCCUCAUCCCCAUCCACCUUUCCUAGCCCAGAUCCUUCCUCCCUGCAUGUGAAACCUUUCCAGGGCCAAUCGAAGGACAGUGUAACCCUCAGAUCCCCAUCUCCAGUGUUCAACACAAACAAGGCUUGCCUCAGAAGAUUCCGGGAGGAGAGCGUCCGCUAUGCCUCCAGCCUGCCACACUUUCUGCGCAAUGUAGAUUGGAUGAACCGCGGAGUGGUUGAAGAUGUCCACUGGCUACUGGGAAACUGGGAUCCUGGUGAUCUGGACUUAACAGUGGCCCUGGAGCUGUUGAGCAUGGACUUUGCAGAUGUGACAGUCAGGAGAUUAGCGGUCCAGAGACUGGAGAGUCUGUCAAAUGAUGAUGUAUUGAAGUAUUUGCUGCAGCUAGUGCAGACCCUCAAAGUGGAACCUUAUCAUGACAGUUUCCUCGCUCGGUACCUCAUCCAAAGAGCUCUGCAGAGCAAGAGAAUUGGCCACUUCUUCUUCUGGUAUGUCCGCAGCGAGGUGGCCGGGUGUCCGUAUUUCCGCCAACGCAUGGCUGUGAUUCUGGAGGCCUACCUGAUGGGCUGUGGUCAGGCCAUGCUCGACAGCUUCAACCAGCAGGUCCAGGCUGUGGAGGCUCUACAGGAGGUCGUUACAAUCAUUAAGAAACUCUACCCCGACAAGACCGACCUCCCUACUACAGCUCCCCUCAAACUUCAAGAGCUUCUUCGAAACAGUAAUCUGCCAGAUGAAUUCUUGCUGCCCUUUGACCCUCGCAUCAAAGUCGGAAGGAUCUUGCUGGACAAAUGCAAGGUGAUGGCCUCGAAGAAGAAACCUCUGUGGCUGGAGUUCUCUCCCAUGCCGUCACCCACCUCGGCUACACCUAUUGGAAUAAUCUUCAAAGAAGGGGACGAUCUCAGACAGGACAUGCUGGUCAUUCAAACACUGGUGUUGAUGGACUCUAUCUGGCAGGAGAAAUCUCUGGACCUUAACCUUAUUCCAUAUGGCUGCAUCUCCACAGGACACAACAUAGGUAUGAUUGAGAUUGUGAGGAAUGCAGUGACCAUCGCUGCAGUCCAGAGGAGCCACGGAGGAACAACUGGAGCCUUCACAAAUGAUGCUCUGUUUGAAUGGCUCAAAUCCAAGUGUCCACUCCAGGAAAUUCACUACAAUACUGUGGAGCGGUUUGUGAAGUCUUGUGCCGGUUACUGUGUUGCCACUUAUGUACUGGGUAUAGGGGACCGUCACAAUGACAACAUCAUGGUCACAGACCAAGGGAACUUGUUACACAUUGACUUUGGUCACAUCCUGGGUAACAGGAAGCACUUCCUUGGUGUGAGCAGGGAGCGCGUACCAUUCGUCCUCACACCUGACUUCCUGUAUGUCAUGGGAAGAGUCAAAGGCCGCAAUAGCCUCUACUUUCAACGGUUCAGGGACACUUGCACCCAAGCAUACCUCUCCCUGCGUUCCCACUCUCGCCUGCUGGUCACCCUUUUCUCCCUCAUGCUGCUCACGGGCAUCCCCGAGCUGAGUGCUGCAGAGGACAUGCGCUACCUGCGAGAGGCGCUCCAGGAGGAACAGAAUGAGGACGAGGCCAGGGAGCAUUUCCUCCAGCAAAUCUCUGCGUGUGAGCAGCUGGGCUGGACUGUACAGGCCAACUGGUGGAUUCACAUGGUGGCAGGCAUCAAAUAGACUGUUGGUGUAGUGCCUCAGUGCUGGAGGUGGGAAAUGGAGAAAGUUCAAAAGUCUUUAUAAUUUUUGUUUUUGUUUGUUUAUAUAUAAAUGUAUUGUCCAGCAUCCCUCUCCUCACUUGAGGCAAGCUUUUUUAACAUCAUUUUAAAAGCUCUAUUCCUUCCACCUUUUCAAACAUUGGGUCAAAAACCAUUAAUACCCAUUUAUUUAUAUGUAUAAGUCACAAAUCCCUCAUGAGAAGCAUUACUGGUUAGCCAGCAGUGAGAAAUGGGCAGAGGGUGUGGAGGGCAAAGUUCAAAUAAAAAACUAUAACCUGGAGGGGGUGUGUGAGAGAAAAAUGCACAUUUGUGAAGGAGAGAUGUUCAAUUUAUGGAAAUGUUCAACUUAUGAGCUAAGUCUUUUCAUCUACAGGGCCUGACUUUGGCCUGCAGGGCCUGACUCUGGCCUCCAAGGUCUCAUACAAAAGAUAUUUUAGGUUCAUGGCGCCAGGCUGGGAGAUAAGGUGCUGCCUGCAUUGUUUUCCAUUUAGAAUUUAUUCUGACACCAAGUGCCCCUGUUGGUGGCGUGACCUGACCUGAGCAACUCUGUAAGAAGUGAUUGUUUUCCUGUUUGUGCUAAGUUUUUGGUAUGACUGUAUCCAUGUGUACACUGUGCCAAAGGCUUCUCUGAUGUCAGAUAUUUGUUCUCAAUAAACUUCAUAUAGUCAAGUAAGCA